AAACCACAGAACACACAGACCGACAGAGACGCACACAGGCAGCAUGGAAGGCAAAGGGCUCGUGGCUCAGCUGCAGAAGGCAGCUAUCUGCCCUGCCUGCAGGGGGCACUUCAAGGACCCGGUGAUCUUGGACUGCGAUCACAGCUACUGCCGGGCCUGCAUCACCCGCUACUGGGAAGAGGCGGCCGCCACUGGGAAGGGCCCCAGGGUGCUCUCUUGCCCCCAGUGCAAGGCAGUUUUUGAGAGGAAGAACCUGCGGACCAACGUCAAGCUGGCGGUGGAGGUCAAGAUCACCCAACAUCUCAACGCCAAGACGGCUCACGUGCCCCUCGCACCCAAGCCCAGGAGGCGCCGUGGGGGAUGGAUUCCUGCAACCGGCAUCCAGGAGAAAAAGGUAUGACGCGAGAGUAAGGGGAGUUGGGGCUCACCAAGGGUCAAUGCCAGGACUCAGUUCUAGAAAUUGCAAAAAAAGAGGAUAGAAGGUCUCUGAGUAUGUGCAGAGUGCCUCUCAUCGCUGAGUUGAUUUGUUUGGUAUUAUUGCAUUUGCAUCUGGCCCUUCUUCCCCAAGGAACAACUGCAACCGGCCCCUAAAGGUCUCGGGAGAAGGGCUUUCCAUGAAGAAAGCAUGAAUUCCAAUUAAGUUACCACCUUUCAUGGAAAGAAUUUUGUCGCAGAAUCUGAGAUAAAUUUGCAGGAAUCCAGGGUCCUGUGUUUUUUCUUUCUUUCACAUUUUUAAACAAAUUCCUUCACCAGGAAGAUCUAUUGCUAUACAGUGGUACCUCGGGUUAAGUACUUAAUUCGUUCUGGAGGUCUGUUCUUAACCUGAAGCUCCACUUUAGCUAAUGGGGCCUUCUGCUGCUGCAGUGCCACCAGAGCACAAUUUGUGUUCUCAUCCUGAAGCAAAGUUCUUAACCUGAAGCACUAUUUCUGGGUUAGUGGAGUCUGUAACCUGAAGUGUAUGUAACCACAAGCGUAUGUAACCUGAGGUACCACUGUAUAAGGUCCGCUUCAAACCUUUCCCUUUAACUGAAUAUAAACAAUGAGCAGCACAAGACUGAGUGUGGAAAGAAAGUCGCAGUCCACUUCUGCUUUUAAGAGGACGGGCAGAAAUUCAGUCAGUGAAGCUUUUCCCCAGCACUGGGAUGCACAAAACAGUUCUUGUUAAAUUUCUGACUGUUACUCCAGCAAUUAAAGCCAAGAAAACAGAGUAGAUACUGAAGAGCACAGGGAUGUUUUCUUACAGUUGGAGAGCAUCAAUAACUGAAAACCAGAGACUUAACCAGCAGCAAGAGAUAUCCCUCCUUUCCCCCUCCUUGUAUGUCAGCCUUUGCCAGCUUGGUGCCUUCAAUAAGUUUUGGACUAUAACUGCGCUGGGGCUGAUGGGAAUUGUAGUCCAAAACAUCUCUGCCUAGAAGAGGGAUGGGGAAACACAUGGUCCUUCUGCCAUCUUUGACCAUUGGCUUGGGCUGAUGGGAGCUGAAAUCCAACAACAUAUGGAGGACAACAGGCUACCCAUCCCUGCUCUAGAACCUCAGUAGCCUGGCCUAGAACAUCAGGAGCAGACUUCAUAAGAAAGAAUCUCCAAGUGUCUCUAUUUUCCAGGGAUUUACAGAAGCCAUCCCAGUUUCUGAUUUGACCCUGGAAUGUCCCACUUUUCCUUAGGACGUCCCUAUUUUCAUGGGAGAAACGUUGGUAUGAUAAGAUGAUGAAGAGCUGACACUGGACCUCUUUCAAUUUGGGUGUAUAGCAACCACAGGGUGAGGGAGCCACAUGGAUCAAUACGAUAGGCCUUUUUUCCCUUACCCUGUCACCAUGUGCUGUUUCCCUAGGGAAAUUCCCCUCCAGCCGUGUUCGUACAUUUUCUCAAGCAGAGCAAAUUUGUCUCCUCCGAGCUACGGGAGAGGCCGGUGCUUAGCGGCAGAGAAUGCUCUCUGCACGCUGGUAAUUCUCAGCACCUCCAGGGAAGGCUGGGAAGGACUCUGAGAGUUGGAGACUCUGGUGAGCCACUGCGGUCAGGGCUAGAUGGGUGAACGGUCCAAUUUGUUAUCUGGGAGACCCAAGGUUUUCCCUUCCCUCCUGCAGACUUAGGCAGCCAUGGCAAGACAACAGGAACACUCGAGUUAUGUGGGAAGGCAGGCCUGUCAGUUUGCAGGCUCCCCAGGAGAAACGUUCUAGGGACUGGAGGUUUUAAAGCAGAGGUAGGAUGGUUAGGGGUUCUUGAGCUGUGAUUCCUGCACUGCGUGGGGCUGGACUUCCAGCUCUGCAGCUCUGUUAUUCUAUAAACACAAAGCAGGGCAUGAUGCCCAUGAAGAACUCUUAUUAUUUGUAUAUCACCUUUAAGGGGGAUGCAUUUUACAGAAGGAGCAGGGGGAGAGAAGGAUCUCUGCAGAUCCCGAAACCUCACCCUCCUCAAAAUCCGAGCAAGGCUCCGUUCCUUUGACCCACACAGUGAAAUGUUCCUCAUUGUCUUGCAUUUGUCCAGCCUGAGGCUCCAACCUUAUACCCACUUGCACGGAAAGAAGCCCCGCAGAACUCAGCGGAACUGAACAGACAUGUCUAGGAUUGCACCGUCAGACAGCCAGUCCCCAGGAUUUCCACAUUUAAAAUAACAUGCGCACACACACACACGCGCAAAAAAUGCCUCAACCGAAACGGAAAACAGGCUCAUCUGGUAUGCCGUUGACAUUAGCAUUACAGGUAGCCUGGAUCUCAGAGCGGCAGAUAGAAAGAGGAAGGAGAGCAAAACCGCUUUGUAUUAUCUGGAGGGACAGGGAAGUUUUUGCCCUUCAGAUGCAGAGCCUACAAUUGUCCCUAUUUUCCAGGGACAGUCCUGGAAUGAUAGAAGCCGUCCCGGUUUCUGAUUUGAUCCCAGGAUGUCCUGCUUUUCCUUAAAGGUAAAGGGACCCCUGACCAUUAGGUCCAGUCGUGGCCAACUCUGGGGUUGUGGUGCUCAUCUCGCUUUAUUGGCCGAGGGAGCCGGCGUACAGCUUCUGGGUCAUGUGGCCAGCAUGACUAAGGGACUUCUGGCAAACCAGAGCAGCACACGGAAACACCGUUUACCUUCCCGCCGGAGCUGUACCUAUUUAUCUACUUGAACUUUGACGUGCUUUCAAACUGCUAGGUUGGCAGGAGCAGGGACCGAACAACGGGAGCUCACCCCGUCAUGGGGAUUCAAACCGCCAACCUUCUGAUCGGCAAGUCCUAGGCUCUGUGGUUUAACCCACAGCGCCAGUGGCGUAGCGUGGGGGGUGCAGGGGGGGCCGGCCGCACCGGGCACAACAUCUGGGGGUUAGGGGGCACAAAUCCACGGGUUAGGGGGUGCACAUUACUUGCCUUGCCCCGGGUGCUGACAACCCACGCUACGCCACUGCACAGCGCCACCCACUUAGGACACCCCUAUUUUCAUAUUGGAAGCUAUGCAGAUUUUGCUGGAUUACAACUCCCUGACCAUUAGCUGUUCUGGCUGGGGCUGAUGAGGGUGGGGUGGUGAAAAAUAAUGAAUAAAAUAAAAAAAAGUAAGGGGAUAGCUUUCAUAGAGGCAGGAAAAAAGUUGGCAAACCUAGUGACCUCCAUUCUGGAAGGGGGAUUUCCAAACGCAUUGCAAGAGAAAGGAGUAGGGUGAACACUUAAUGGAGCAGGAAUCUCAGAUAUUUGAUUCAGAUUUUGGACUCGAAUUACAGCUGCCAACUAACCAGGGGCGGUUGGGAAAGAGGCAUGGUCUCUUUCGACUACAGCUUGAGCUGCCUAUAUCAGCCAGUGAAUCUUUCUUAAGACAUGGAAAUAUGCAUAAUCACUUGCUAAGGUCUGCAGAGCAAGCUGCUAUAUGAAAGGCAGAGGUGCGUGGGCUGGGAAAGAAGUUGGCAACCUUAACUAGAAUCUUCAUGGAAGGAGGAGAUAGAGAAAGAAACCUGAUACUACAGGAAAAAGCAAAGAGGAGAAUCAGAAGACGGAAAGAAAAGCCGCAAAAAUGGACAACUAUGUAUUAUGUAAUAAUUACAUAUUGCAUGAGGAUGAUAGUCAUACGGGUGUUUUUAAAAUAGUGGUUUCUCUUCUUGCAAAUAUGCAUAUAUAAGAGCCUAGCAAGGUUUUAUGUUUGUGUGUGUAUGCAAAGCUUGCUGCUCUUAUCAGACACUAUCCUGAGGGUAAUCCAAUCCAUUUCCAUCGGUAAUGAAUUUAGUCUGAUCGCAAGCCCAGAUUUGAGUUACAACAUCCCUCUUGUGUUUUUUGACGCUGAAUUUUCGUUCUCCUGGAAGUCUUAAAACUUGUGCCUUCUUGCUGCUGCAACAAGACAAUAAUCUGAUAAGAUCCAGCCUUCCUUACAUAAUGCCUACUCAAAACAAAAUAGGGCAAAGCAUAAUACGGAAUUUGGAAUUUAGUGGAAGAACCUCGUGCAGUGGAAAUUUCAUGCGCCUGAUCUGCCUUGCCUUCCCGGAUUGCACCAGCCACAAUUUAUCGGGCACAUCCCACAAAUCCUUCGCCUUCUGUUGCUUCAGCAUCUCCUACAUAGCUAAGGUGGAGAUCAGAUAGAGUGGCCUUGCUGUUCUCGACAGGCAAGAUACACAGCAAUACUGGUGGGGCAGCAGGAUGGCAGCACAUGCCAAUGAGUGAUGACAUUGCUGAAACAGGGCAUAUAUUUUUUUGAGUCUUUCAGGCAAAGUGAGGUCAAAAAGUUUUCACUCUUGGCCAUUGUUGGACUCCAGCUCCCAUCAUCCCUGACCAUUGACCACACUGGCUGGGGCUGAUGGGAGUUGUAGUUCAACAACAACGGAGACAAAAGGCAGCCCACCCCUAGUGAAGACAUUGGCUGAGCUACAUGGAUCAAUGCUCUGUCUUGUUUAUGAGAUCCGCUGGCCUAGGAAUGGGCUCCUCUGUGUCUGACUAGGACUGAAGACACCUGGAUUCAAAUAAGCCACUGAUAAGAACAUCCCCACCUGAAAAAAGGGGACAUCUCCUAUUUUCACAUGAGAUCUCGGUGGCCAUUUUGGGUGCCGCUGUCUCGUGCACUCUGGCGACGCAAUCUGGCCCUGAAAAACGCACCUUUUAAAAAUAAUAUACCGUACUUUAUUAAAUUUCCACAAAUUUCACAUAAAAUUCCAAUACAUAAUAAAUUCUUCUUUUGCUUUAUCGACUUCUCAUCCCAUUUUCCAUGGUUUCUUUUUAAAAUUCUAUCUCAUUCCUCUCUUCACUCUUUAAUAUCAAAACCAUAAUACAAUAAUCUCUAAUUAUUUCUGUUGCUCACAGUUCAAAUCCUGAUUGCGAAUUUAUCAUAUUAAAAUAUUUUGUUAAAUUGUCCAGAAAGGGCUUCCAUUCUCUUAUUUUAGCUCUUAGCUUUGCUGAUUCAGUGUAGUCCAUCACUUUGCUGAGGCAUUCUUCUUUGGUGGGAAUUUCUUCAUCUUUCCAUUUCUGUGCAUAAAGAAUCCUAGCUGCUGUCGUUACAUACGUAAAUAAUGAAAAAAAGCGAUUUUUCAGGGCUGCGUGAGAUCGAAAGAAACCGCUUUUUGGGGUCACCUGACUUAGCCAUAUUUCUAACAUGCAGCCAAAUUCAGCAAACCCCUACCCAAUUCAGGUAGUCUAUGUGUUCCAGCUCAAGCACACCUGGUACAACUAAUGGAGCCCUUUAUUAGUUGCAUCAGGUGUGCGUGAGAAAACACCUGUUGUAUUUGUGCUGUUGUGAGCAAUUCUAUUCAGGGGGUUGAACAUCAGUGAGCUUGGAGAAACCAGUUUAAGUUGCAUUUUCAGCUGAAUUUGGGGGAACUAUGAAACUUCCAUUGUGCUGAGCUAUUUCAAUUGCUUUUGUUUGAUUUGCCCAUUGCAAACAGCUGAAAGUCUGGAAAUUCUGAUAAUAAACCUGAUGUGCAAGGGGGGGGGGGUUUGAAUAAUUUCCAUUGUGACUGUGGAGCUGUAGAGUUGGAAGGGAACUGCCCUUCUUUGGAGGGGGAAAUGUGUUUUAAAGGCAUAGCAUGCAUGCACAGACACACCUUUGGAUCUCAGCACCCAGGCAGGUGGAGAUGCUCCUUCAGGUACAGUGGUACCUUGGUUCUCAAACUUAAUCCAUUCCGGAAGUCCAUUCCAAAACCAAAGCAUUCCAAAACCAAGGUGCGCUUUCCCAUAGAAAGCAAUGCAAAACGAAUUAAUCCGUUCCAGACUUUUAAAAACAACUCCUAAAACAGCAAUUUAAUGUGAAUUUUACUAUCUAAAGAGACCACUGAUCCAUAAAAUGAAAGCAAUAAUCAAUGCACUGUACUAUAAAAUAAAUAAGACAGUUUUGUAGAUGAUAAAAAUUAAAAUUAUUAUUAUUUUCUUACCUGCACUGAUGAUAAUAAUAAUAAUAAUAAUAAAUUUUAUUUAUAUCCCGCCCUCCCCAGCCAAAGCCAGGCUCAGGGCGGCUAACAACAAACAAAUAAUCAAACAAUCAAAUAAUCAAUAUUCUAAAACAUUUCAUUAUAAAAUUAAUUAAAAUCAAAUUAAUGGCAACCGUUAAGCAAAGUUCUGUGCAGGUUGCCGGAGGUGGGAGUCAGGCUGGGCCCUGACCAAAGGCCUGGUGGAACAACUCUGUCUUGCAGGCCCUGCGGAAAGAUGUCAGGUCCCGCAGGGCCCUAGUCUCUUGUGACAGAGCGUUCCACCAGAUUGGAGCCGCAGCCGAGAAAGCCCUGGCUCUAGUUGAGGCCAGCCUAACCUCUCUGAGGCCUGGGACCUUCAGGAUGUUUUUAUUUGCAGACCGUAGGUUCCUCUGUGGGGCAUACCAGGAGAGGCGGUCCCGUAGGUACGAGGGUCCUAGGCCGUAUAGGGCUUUAAAGGUUAAAACCAGCACCUUAAACCUGAUCCUGUACUCCACCGGGAGCCAGUGCAGCUGGUAUAGUACCGGAUGAAUGUGAUCUCGCAGCGAAGACCCCAUAAGGAGUCUCGCCGCGGCAUUCUGCACCCGCUGGAGUUUCUGGGUCAGUCUCAAGGGCAGCCCCACGUAGAGCGAGUUACAAUAAUCCAGUCUGGAGGUGACCGUCGCGUGGAUCACAGUGGCUAGGUCAGGGCGAGAGAGAUAAGGGGCCAACUGCUUAGCUUGGCGGAGAUGAAAAAUGCCGCCUUUGUUAUAGCUGUAAUCUGCGCCUCCAUAGAAAGGGAGGUAUCGAAGAUUACACCCAAACUCUUAACUGACGGUGCUGGCACUAAUUGCACCCCCCGCAAGAGAUGGGAGUUGCCCCCCCAAUCCCAUAUCGUCCCGUCCCAGCCAGAGGACCUCUGUCUUCGAAGGAUUUAACUUCAACCGGCUUCCGCGUAACCAUCCAGCCACAGCUUCCAAACAUCUGGUCAGUGUGUCUGGGGCCGAGUCAGGAUGGCCAUCCAUCAACAGAUAGAGUUGGGUGUCAUCAGCAUACUGAUGGCAACCCAGCCCAAAACUCCGGACAAGCUGGGCGAGGGGCGCAUAAAGAUGUUAAAAGCAUCGGGGAGAGUAUCGCACCCUGAGGCACUCCACACACCAAGGAGUGGCGGGAUGACAAUGCCCCCAAGCGCCACCCUCUGUCCCCGACCGGAGAGAAACGAGCGCAGCCAUUGAAGGACUGUGCCCUGGAUCCCCACGUCGGCAAGGCGGUGGUCCAGGAGUUCGUGAUCAACCAUGUCGAAGGCUGCUGACAGGUCUAGAAGAAUCAGCAGCCCCGACCCGCCUCGGAUAGUCAUUGUUUGGAUGGGGGGCUUUUAUCCACUUCUGCAGACACAUAAUCAAUCAAUGAAUCAGUACUUGAACUGGAUUCCACACAGUCACAAAAACAAAUUAAUCAAAAAAAUCCUCAAAAACAAAAACACAAAAUAAAUAGAAAAAACAAAAGCGCCAGACUUAAUCAGUUCUGGAAGUCCAUUUGACUUCCGAAAUGUUCAAAAGCCAAGGCACAGCUUCUGAUUGGUGCAGGUGCCCCAGAAACAAUAGCCAACAGCCGCACUGGAUGUUCGGCUUCCGAAAAAUGUUCAAAAACCAAAACACUUACGUCCAGGUUUUCGGAGUUUGAGAACCAAAGCGUUUGAGUACUAAGGUACCACUAUAUUAGGGGCCCAAUCAGUCAGGGCUUUAUACAUCUGCAUUAAAUUGGUAUUGCUCAUACCUUAUAAGACCUGCAGCAAUAUCACUAACCACUCAAUAGAAGCAAAGAGGUGUUUGCUUUGGAGUGUACAUGCCUAGACGGUUUUAAUUGUCACCCCAGAAUAUUAAGCCAACAACCUGGCCCAAGAGGUAGGUGUAAGCACAAAGGGUCUGAAAUGCAGGGUGUCCACGUGACUGCUCCCGCUUGCUCAUCCCUUAACUGGCAACCUAUGAUCAUCACAUUUCGAAGGAUUAGGCCUCUUAACUGGCCGUAGUUACACAGCUGUGAAGCACCAGGACUGACACUUCCUGGGACAACAGCUCUGGGGCCAGCCUGCUCAUUGGACACACAAACCAGAAAAGAUCAUCACUGCUAAAACAUGCACACCUGUCAGCAGCUCUAUGAUAAAGUACCUGCUCUGCAAGCAGAGAGUCCCAGGUUGUCUCCAUGGGAUGCUGUAGCACUGAGCCAAGACCCCUCCCUAGUGUCCUUUGACAUUGGCAACAGAAGCCUACUUCAUUUGUUCAAGAGAUUUGGCUCCUCAUUGCCAUGGUGGGUCUAGCAGGACAGAAGAGCAUUCUAAUAAUGGCGACCGAACACAGCAGCGAAGAGAGAAAGUGGAGAGAGGAGGCAGGAAACGCACCUGGCAAAAUGACAGAUCCGUAGGAGGGGUGAGGAUUCUGAUGGGAUCAGGAUCCCUUUGAUUAAGGCUAAUUUCUCAAUCUGGUCGAGCCUGUCCAGAGAACAUGCCGCAGCCCUAAUGAUUAUCAGGCCCUUGGGAAAGGAUGGUUUUGGAAAGAGAUGUCAUCAUACGAUGACAGGUAGAAUGGCCUCUCCUAUUACAAAGGAGACAGAUAUAUGAGCAGAUUUUUUAUUUAUUUAAGUACAUGUAACUGAAAUUGUGGCAGAUGGAAAAUGGCUCCAUAUCAACAUGGGAUUUGGGACUUCAGUAAUGAAUUAGACAACAGAUGGCACUUCUACCUGAGCAAUAAGCCCAUUGGUGAAGUGGGAAGGUGAACCAUUUUACAAUGGACACAAUGCAUGAAAAGCACUCAGGGUGCUCCAGGUCCCAGCCUCUACGAUCUCUUGGAUGAGGAGAGGCCACAUCCCUGGGAAGGAAGACUGACUGCUUGAAUUUUUCAGUGAAAAGUGCCUGCUCAGGAUUGUGCCUGUUCACAGAUGAUCAAAACAUGCAGAUACAAAGCUACCUUCCAGCCAGAUCCUAAAACUAAAAUAAGUCUCUAACUGAAACUGUGGCAGAUGAACUGUAGCUCCGUAUAAACAUGGGAUGCGGGUGGCGCUGUGAGUUAAACUACAGAGCCUAGGACUUGCCGAUCAGAAGGUUGGCGGUUCGAAUCCCCGGGACGGGGUGAGCUCCCGUUGCUCGGUCCCAGCUCCUGCCAACCUAGCAGUUCGAAAGCACGUCAAAGUGCAAGUAGAUAAAUAGGUAUCACUCUGGCGGGAAGGUAAACGGCAUUUCCGUGCACUGCUCUGGUUCGCCAUAAGUGGCUUAGUCAUGCUGUACGCCAGCUCCCUCAGCCAAUAAAGCGAGAUGAGCACCGCAACCCCAGAGUCGGUCAUGACUGGACCUAAUGGUCAGGGGUCCCUUUACCUUUACCUUAAGGAUCAAAAGAUGGCACAAUCAUCUUCCACCUGAGCAGCAUAUUUCCUGUCUCUAGUUGAGGUUGCCAACGCGGUGCCCUUGAGGUCGUCUGCUGGUCACCACAAAACUUAGGAGGUGAUGAGGGCGGUUCGUUUUUUCUCCCUUGUAAAGUCCAUGGAGCUGACAGAGGGUGUUGGACAAGUGACCCACUUUUCCACUUCUUCCUUUAGCUCUAUGUAGCUUCAGACACUCCGAUUAGUUCUACUGUAAGAGGCCAGAGAGUGUGGCACCCAUGGCACUCACUUAAAAAUCCAGAUGUGCCCAUAGAUUGGCAACUCCUGCUUCUAGUACAAGACACACCAUAUUAGUGUCAUUCACAAGUGUCUUAUGCUAGGCUAUGAGGCGUUCUUAUGCUCACUUUGGACCCAUCAGGGUUAAAAGGAUGUUAAGGUUUUAAAUUCUGCUCCCUCCCCUCUAAUAAUAAUAAUAAUAAUAAUAAUAAUAAUAAUAAUAAUAAAUGACUUAUAUGCCACCCAUCUGACUGGGUUGGGGUAGCCCACUCUGUAUAGCUUCCAACAACUCUGUGAGGUACUUUAAGCUGAGAAAUGGUGAGCUUCACGACUGAAUGGGCAUUUGCACUCUGGUCUCCCAGAUCCCAGAUCCAACACCACGGUGAUGCAAUCCACUCUGCAGAACAGUGACCAAGCACCAGGACACAGAGCAGCAAUGAUGUGUACAGCAAGGAGUGCACCAUGUCAGAGACUUCUAGUAUUCCAGGCAUGAGGAAAUGGCAGGGAGACUUCCUGUCCUUGGCUGUAUGCAACCUCACUGGGAAGCAAUCAGAAACUCCACCUGAGAGUUCCAGGGGAAAGAAAAGUUGGCAUCGUCUCAGCCCUGACCUCACAAACAAACCCAAUGCUCUCAGGGCAGGGACAUUGUCACUUGUGUCUGCAUCCUGAACGCCACCUGUCGUGUGCUGAUGACUCCGAACGACAUCCACCAAUUAAGCUCAACUAUUGCUUGUCGAAAAUUACAGAUAAUUAUAGCGUCAAGAGGCCAUUGGUUUGGUGCUUGGCAUCAAAGGUUGACAGGUUUAUUUUUUUUUAUUUUUAUUUAUCUAUCACACUUAUAUCCUGCCUUUUUCUCCGAAGAGCUCAAGCUGGCGUACAGGGUUCUCCUCCUUUAAUCUCCACAACAACCCUGUGAGGUGGGUUAGGCCGAGAGGCAGUGAUUGGCCCAAAGUCACCCUUUGUGAGCUUCGUGGCCAAGAGGGGAUUUGAACCCUGGUCUCCUGGAUCCUAGUCCAACACUCUAACCACUACACCAUCCUGGCAGCAACCUGGAGACCUGUGCUUUUAAAUGUGUUGAUGCAAUGGAUGGCACAGCAGCCUCAGGUCACUUGCCUGUUGCUUAGUCCCUGCUCCCGCUUCUCUGCUGUUUGGCACACCUGGAGUUUAGGUUUUCUGCCUCUUACCUCUGACACGGGACAUUGCCCUUUGGAUCCCUUGCUGGAGGAGGAGGAAAGGUAACAGCCAUGGCUCCGCCAUGCUUCUCUGCUCAUUCCUCCCUCUCCGACUUUGUCAUUCCCCUUGCUUGCCCCACCUGCUGGGGCAAUUAGGACUUCAGGUGUGCCACAUAUAUGCAGCAGGCGAUACAGUGGGAUGGACAGCCAGUACCAUAAAAAUCAUGGGCGGGAGACAGAGCUAACCACAACCUUGUCUAAAGGUAAAGGUAAAGGACCCCUGACCAUUAGGUCCAGUCGUGGCCAACUGGGGUUGUGGCGCUCAUCUCACUUUAUUGGCCGAGGGAGCCGGCGUACAGCUUCCACGUCAUGUGGCCAGCAUGACUAAGCCACUUCUGGUGAACCAGAGCAGCGCAUGGAAAUGGCAUUUACCUUCCCGCCAGAGCAGUACCUAUUUAUCUACUUGCACUUUGAUGUGCUUUCGAACUGCUAGGUUGGCAGGAGCAAGGACCAAGCAACAGGAGCUCACCCCGUCGCGGGGAUUUGAACCGCCGACCUUCUGGUCAGCAAGUCCUAGUCUCUGUGGUUUAACCCACAGCGCCACCCGCGUCAGCUCUUUAAAAGCAGCUUGACCUUCAGAAAUGAGCUGGUGAAAAUUUUACUCCGCGGUGAUAAACUUGAGGCAGAUGCAUAGCGCUGACUCAGACCAUUGGGCUGUCCAGCUCAGCAUUAUUGUCCUCAAUGGCUAUCCAAGAUUUUCUCCCAGCCCUAAGUGGAGAUGCCAGGGAUCGAACCAGGGACCUUGUACUUGCAAGGCAGAGGUUCUACCACUAAGCUACAGCUCUUCCACUACCCAUUCACUGUUAACAUCAGCCCAUUGAUGCUGAUCUGGCACAGCUGCAGGGAACAGUUCAGAACCUCAAUGGAAGACGACAUGGAGGAACUCCAGGCCACCGUUUCUUCCUCUUCACCUGGAAGGCAGCUCCUGUAGUCUGUGGUGGGCGGCUCUGCUGCAAAACCUGAUAGCUAUCUGCGAAGGAGCAGUCAUGUCGAGCUGCACCAACGCAAGACAUCUCUUUUUGCCAGCAGCAUCGCACCUGGAAUCCAUAAAGUUGCUCAUUAGAAGCUGGCAAAGCUGGAUGAGUCACUAAUGCAUGGCAGAACGUACCUAGUCAAAUAAGUACUUUUGGGAAAAGAUGCUCCCGUCUAAUAAUGUCAAGCAGCGCACAUCGCAGGAAACAGGGGCGAACCAGGCCACACAGUGAGAAAACAGUCAUUAUAUUUAACUAUGUAAAUAUAAGGCAUACGUAGUCAUGCCACAAAAGGACACACCUGCUGUGCACUGGUGAGUUGUGGAUUGCUGACACCAUAUCCAUCUUUUGCUCUCGCACAAUCACUUGGGCAGGUUGAGAUUUCUAAAUAGUGGCAUCUUCUGGUGGUUCUUACGCUUCUACUUUCACUCGAGGCGCCUGACAUGUUGGCACCUGGGGCACUGAGCUGCUCCCAUCAGUUUUGGUUGAAUUCAGCUAGACAGAGCUCCCCCUCCUUCUGCUCCCAACCCAGAUCUUCUCCAGAGGGGUGGGGGAACCUCUAGAGCAGAUUUGGGGUGUGUGCAUGUGCACGAUAAGUUCUCUUGUCUUGUACGAGUGAAAGGUAUUCUGCUCUUGCAACCACUCUAACUCCAUCCGCACUACACAUUUAAAGCACUAUCAUACCGCCUUAAACAGUCAUGGCUUCCCCCAAAGACUCCUGGGAUCUGCAGCUUGUUAAAAUUGUUGAGAGUUGUUAGGAGACCCCUAUUCCCCUCGCGGAGCUACAAUUCUCAGCCAUAUCACAGUGGUUAGAGCAUCUGCUUUGAAUACAGGAGGUUCCAGGUUCAAUCCAGGUAAGCCUGGGGAGGAUCCUGAUCUGGAACCCUGUUUUGCUGCAGGGUCGAGUGUGGACCAGGGUUUCCCAAACUUGGACCUCCAGCUGUUUUUGGACUACAACUCCCAUCAUCCCUUUCCACUGGUCCUGUUAGCUAGGGAUUGUGGAAUUUGUAGUCCAAAAAACAGCUGGAGAACCAACUUUGGGAAACCCUGGUGUAGGCAAUACUGAGCUGGAGGGUCUGGUUCUCAGUAGAGGGCAACUUCCUAUGUUCCUAUAUUUUGGCUCAGGUGUUGAUUAUCUGCUUUGCGUCCAGAAGGUCCCAGGUUCCAUCCCUGGUUUCUCCAGGGCUGGGAGAGAAGCCUCCCUGAAAGGCUGGAGAGCUUCUUCCAGUCAGUGUAGACAAUACUGAACUAGAAGGACCAAGGAUUCAACUCUGGAUAAGGGAGCUUCGUACACUGCUUUAGAUACGGGAGACUAUCAUGGCAUCCUUGUGGACGGAUGAGCCGGUGGUGCUGGAGGAAAACUCGUGCCUGACACCUCUGCCCCAGACACAGGCAGCUCAUAAAUUCCUGGAGGCUGAGGUGGUUGUGGGUGACCUCAUGUGCAUCGAGUGGCUGGAGCAUGCUGCGGAGCAGAGCGAAGGUUGCAAACUUUAAUUGGCACUACUGAGGCUCAAGGCACAUAACUGAUGGGAAGGAUUUCAAGGACACCACCCUCCCUCGUGACUCAAUCACUCGUAGGCCAACCAUUUGGUAAGGCAGCCCAAGACAAUGGUGUGUUUAUAUUGCUCCAUGCCUUGGCCUGCGUCGUAGCCAACCACUCCUGAUUAUCAGGCAUGAACAGCACGUGGACUCCCAGGUGAGCAGGUGGCACACAGAGUCUUCUUCUUCUUCUUCUUCUUCUUCUUCUUCUUCUUCUUCUUCUUCUUCUUCCAUGAACACGGUUUUAAAAGUGAGUCUGUAAGUGACUGUGGAGGCCUGUUCUGGAUCCACACGUCCUUCCACAGUGGGGACAUAGGUUUCCAGGUGGGAAUUAAUCACAGUGAGGGUUUGCCAAGCAUGUCUUCCUCUUGGCACGUUUCUCCCUUUUGUCCUGAGUUUGAGCAUCUUCAAAGCCCAUGACAAAUUUGGUAAAGGCUGUUCUCCAAUUGGAGCGCUUGCAGGCUAGUGUUUCCCAGUUGUCGGUGUUUAUACAUGUGUGUCCAAAUGUGUACAUGGAAGGGGCUCCAACUCUUUCCCCACCAAAGCCAGUCUCACCAUCGUUAACAGCUGCAUGGCAGAAAUUAAACAGGCAGAGCUUUUCCCAACACAAAGGUGACCAUGAUUGCAUCUGUUGAAUUUCAGGCAACUGUACAACUGUUAAAGGUACAGAUCUUCUGUGGGUGGGAUAGCCUACUUAAGUGUUAUUGGGGAAAGGAGAGAUUUUAGGAGCACACAAGUUCUUGGGAGGAUAGCGAAUCCCAUAGCAGCGUUCUCCCUGAAAAUUGCAGAUUUUUCACUAGGGUGACCACAUAAGGCACACUGGUGGACCAGUGUUAGUUGUGUAGAGGAGGGAAAUUAGGCAAACAUGCCUGCCCCAUAGGGACAGACAAAAUUGCACUUACUGAAAUUUGUAAUUCGGUUAAGGAGUCGAAACUGUGUCAUUGUGAGCCCUGUCCUUUCGCAGCUCAUUGCCUUGUUUUUCAGACAUGCACAUGCACCCUUCAAUUUAGCAAUUCAUUUCGUACCUUGAUCUGGGGCUGCUUGUCCAAAAUAGUGGGCCUGCCCCUUUAAAUAAUAAGCACAUGGAAGGAGUCAAUGUCCCACCCACCAAAUGUGGUUGUAACCCCAGCUGCCAUCAUCCCUCACCACUGGCCAUGCUGGCAAGGGAUGAUGGGAGUCCAGCAACAUCAUGCUAGCUACCCUGACAUAGCAAACACAACACCAUAGUUUAUUUCCUUGCAAAGCCUGGAAUUAUAAUAAUAGCGAGAGACCAGUAACCAUUAGGAGGAGCCAGAGUUCUUUUCCUUCUGCUAGUUCUCCACCCAUCUCUUUUAGCUCCCCUUCACUAGAGAGCCAGUGUGGUGUAGUGGUUAAAAGCGGUAGACUCGUAAUCUGGUGAACCGGGUUCGCUUCCCCGCUCCUCCACAUGCAGCUGCUGGGUGACCUUUGGGCCAGUCACACUUCUCUGAAGUCUCUCAGCCCCACUCACCUCACAGAGUGUUUGUUGUGGGGGAGGAAGGGAAAGGAGAAUGUGAGCCGCUUUGAGACUCCUGAAGGGGAGUGAUAAAGUGGGAUAUCAAAUCCAAACUCCUCUUCUUCUUCUUCUUCUUCUUCUUCUUCUUCUUCUUCUUCUUCUUCUUCUUCUUCACUAUUCUGGAGGAGCAACCAGGAACUGCCCUACCAUCAGGCCAGAGUUGCAGGGAGGAACUUGUAAACAUCUAGAUGCACUUGGACUAAACUCCCAUUAUCCUUGGCCCCUGGCUGUGCUGACAGAGGCUCAUGGGAGCUCACAAUAACAUCUGGAGAACCACAGAUUCUUCCAUCCCUAUUGCUGCAGGACAGUUUCAUUUUCCUUUAACCCAAAUAACCUCUUGCCUGCGGAGACUGGAGAGCAGGCUACGGCAGGAGGGACAAAUACAGCACAAAAUGCGUACCUGGUUCAGGAGGGGACACCAUUCAGACAGCAAUCUUUGGCAUGAGAACUGGGGUGACACAAGCAUGGCCUGGCUUGAUUUAACUUGUGAGAUGCUGGAAGAUAUGUCUUCAUCUGGGCUUGGGAAUGCUUGCCUUCAAGCCCUCUGCUGACCUUCGUCUUGGACACUUGCAUCGUCUAGUUUGCAUUCAUAAGAGCUCUGCCAUGACUGGGAUAAUGUGGAAUAAAUAAGCAUAAUGCGCAGAUAGGAGCAAUUGAUUUUUGAGGCACUCGUCUCUUCCUUGGGGGCUUCACAUAAGCAUCUGGUUGGCUGCCGUGAUAAAAGAUGCUCGACUAGAUGAGCCACUGGCCUGAUCCAACAGGGCCCUUAUCAACAUUGCAAAUAAAUAAAUAAUCCUCUGUGGAUGUGACUGCUUCCAUUUACGAGCCAUCAAAGUCAAUGGUCAUCACCGUAUAUCUUUUGGCAUUGAAUUCCAAUUAAAUCUCGCUUGUGCAAAGAAACAUUCUACUUUGUUUUCUAUGUCGACGGGCCUAUGCAGCUGUUUAAAAUUUUGUUGAGUAGCUGGUCAUUUUCAUGAUUGAUCUGUAAGGCUUUUAAUGGUCUUUUUUUUAAAAAAAAAAAAGUUUGAAUAUUGCUGUACACUGCCCUGGUAUUUUAUGAGAGUGCAGUAUAUAAACACCAUCAUAAAUAAACAAUAUAGAAUAAAUUCUGGCUUUGCUGAACCUACUGCCAAUCAAUAUGAAUCUGACUCAACACAUUUUCCAUUUGCUCCUGCUCCAUCGAUAUAGACAAGAUUACCACCUUGACCUAUCCAUCUAAUAUCACCUUCUCUCUCUUUUUUCCAGGAAGUCAUCAGAGAAGUCUGCAGAUGGUGAGUCUACUCCACCUUCUCGAUUUCCAGAUACUUGAAAACUAACCUUGCCAGGCAUUGAAUCUGGCAGCUUUAUGCAAGCCAAACACACAGUGCCGGAUUUACGUAUCACCUAAACAAGCUAUAGCUUAGGGCCCCACUCUCUUGGGGGCCUCCAAAAAAUUUAAAGGGAAAAAAACUGGAUGUACAUUUCCAAAAUAUAAGAUAAAAAACAAAUAAAAUAAAACCUACAUACAGCAACAGUGUUUUGUGUUGUGUAGGCUCCUAUGAUGUAAGUAAUGGGCCCCGCCUGCUAGCCUGCUCCCUAAAAUAUCACUGUCACUGUUAAUAUACUUCUUCUUAAUUGUAUUUCAGUUCAACAAUUACUUUGGUAAAAUACAUAUUUUGUUAUGUGCAAAUGGCUUUAGAUACCUAUUAGGUCCAUAAAGUACCAUAUAGCAUUUGUUCAACACAAAAAACAGCAACAAUUUGUUGUCGACAAAGGACAGCUGGGCAUAUAAAGGGCCCCAUUAUCUUCAGUAGCUUAGGGCCUCAUCAAACCCUAAAUCCAGCCUUGCAAACAUGGGCUCAAACAGUACUAUAAGGAUAAAGGGAUCCCUGACCAUUAGGUCCAGUCGCAGACAACUCUGGGGCUGCGGCGCUCAUCUCGCUUUAUUGGCUGAGGGAGCCGGCGUACAGCUCCUGGGUCAUGUGGCCAGCAUGACUAAGCCGCUUCUGGCGAACCAGGGCAGUGCACGGAAACGCCGUGUACCUUCCCGCCAGAGCAGUACUUAUUUAUCUACUUGCACUUUGACGUGCUUUCGAACUGCUAGGUUGGCAGGAGCAGGGACCGAGCAACGGGAGCUCACCCCGUUGCGGGGAUUCGAACCGCCAACCUUCUGAUCAGCAAGUCCUAGGCUCUGUAGUUUAACCCACAGCACCAUCCGCGCCCCUCAAACAGUACUAUAGAUGGCCCUAAACAUGUUUGUAGGAGAUAGCUGCUUAAGUAUCAAAUUGCAGGCCAGGGAAAUUUUAGGAUGAGGGGGCAACCCUGGGGCUUUUCAGUGGGUCAUGAACUCCAAAUCCCACCAGCCCCAGCACCAUUUGGAGGGCUGAACACUCCCAUUUCUGCCCCAAUGGGUUCCCCACAUCUCAGUUUGUUAUGUACUGAGUUGAAUAGGAUCCAAACUGCAGCAGUCUGAUUGGUCCUAGAACAAUAGGAUUCAGAAUGCAGCAGUCUGAUUGGUCCUAGAACAAUGCAGCAGUAUGAUUGGUUGGCAGGAACCACCCAAUCAUGCUCCAGAUAUAAGUGAAUCCACAACCUGACUGGCUUACAGUAGAAUUCCAGAAUUAGCCAAUCAUGUGCAGCCCAUUGUGUAAAUAAUGUAUAUAAAGCAGAUACUUUGAGGGGACUUUCAUUCAUUCCUCCUCACCACUAUGAGCUGAAUAUAGAGCAUGAAAUCACUUUGCGACUCUGAGUAUAUUUCACAGUUCAUCAUCUUUUGGUGAUGCUGUGAUCCACACAGGUACCAGAGCUGCCACUGCUGCCUCAGCAGCGUCAUGACUCUGUGCCAAGAUUUCUCAAGGAAUAUAUGGAAGCUUUCACUGAAAUUCCACUUCCAUGCCCUGUAGGCUAAUUGCUAUCUAUUUUUAAAAAGGAAGCCACAUCCAAAGUUGAAAAGAACAAGGCAAAGCUUCAGGUUUGUUCCUUCGGUAGCUCAGCCGGUAGAGCGGAGGACUGUAGAUUGUCGUCCAAGCCAUCCUUAGGUCGCUGGUUCGAUUCCGGCUCGAAGGACAAAGUGUUUUUGCUUGCCAGAAGUAGCUCCUGAUCUCUCAACCAAUCAUACACUGUGGCUUCCCUCAUCAUGACUAUAGUCUGGAGAAACCCACUGAGUCAUGGGAGUUGUAGUCCAUCAAUGCCACUGUUUUCCCUUCCCUGACGUAGACGGUCGUUUAAUAUAUUGGCUCUGAACUGUUGAGGAGCAUUAAAUGUCAUCACAAUCUUAAUUGUGCCUGGAAGCGCCUGCUAAAAACAUUUUUUGUUCAGACAAGCCUAUCCAGAUGUAGAAGCCAGCAAGUAUUUUUAAUAUGUUUUUAGCUUAUUUUAUAUUUUAAUUAUUUUCUGCAUUUUAAAAAAUGGCUGUUUUUAACUCCUUUUUAUUGAUAAUUUUAAUGUUUGCUUUCUUUUUUAUAAACCGCUUGGAGAUUCUAUUUGCAAUCAAGAGGUUUACAAAUUUCAUGGAAUAAAAUAAAAAUAAGAUGUCUGACACCUCCUGUACAGAAACACCCUUGAGGUUCCUCCACUGAGCAACUGGGACCCUGAAAUGCAAGCGCUGCCCUCCAUCCUAGUCUUGAUAUUUAUUGUUUGUGUAUCUUCAUUUUUCUCUCCACAGCUAAUGUGGUUUGGAUGCUCCCAGACACCCAUAUUCACCUGAACCUGCAGAACAACCUACCUGGAGCCCUUCAAAGUGGCAAUCCCUGCUUCCCAAGAUUUGAAGACCCUCAACAAGAUGGCCAAACAAGCCACCUCCAAAUGGCUCAGGCUACGGCAUGGGGGCAGCUAAAUUUGGGGAGGGCUGCUGGUGGUGGAGAAACUGAGAUUUCAGCCAAGCAUGAAGCUCUGGAUUUACGAAUGGACCUGCAAGAGUUAGGGAGACUCUCGUGCUGCAGGGCUUAGGUUAUUUUCUAGAGAGAGAUAUCAAGCUGUCUCAGAAACUACAAGAUGCAUUGGCUUGGUGAGUGGGGCGGGCGGGAAAAGUGCUCCAUACAUGGCAGAACCCCCUUUACUUUGUUAGGGUUUAGAGUUUGGAAUCAGAUUUCAGGCUUUCGUCAUCCCCUGGUUCGGAUUAAGCCCUGCCCCAUAACUGAGCAGAACAGGCUAAAUCUGCGAGGAGUGACUGGUUCCACGUUUGACUAAGUCUUCAGAAGUUCUGGUACCUCCAAGUGUCACUUGAUGUGGGAGAAGACGAGAUCUUGGAGAAGAAUGAUUGGUUUUCUUUUAGUUUAUCCAUCUCUGCCAUCUUCCUCUGCUAAUUUCCUGUCUGCCUUGUCUGGGAAGUGUAAACCUUCUAGGCAAAACUCCCCAGUUUCUCUGUUCUUUACAGGGUCUAGUACACACUGCUGACACCGUGUUAAAUGGCAGAAGGAAUAAUUGUUUGACAUGAACUGGUAUUUACUGAAAGGCAUUAAAGUGAUCCGAAGUUCCCAAUGCAGUUAUUUCAUAAAUGACCAGUGGGUGGUGCUGUGUGGUCAUUUAUCUUUCUGGCUAGCUUAAUAAAAAUCUGUCAGUGAUUCUAACCAGCUUCUAAACUUGACCCAGGUACCAUCCGAGGGGAGAAAUCUGAAGUUCAAUGUACAUACCUUACUUCCCCAAAGUCCACUCCCCUUUCCACAAUAUAUUGUACUGCUGAUAAGGAAGAAAAUGUAUUAUACCACAAAUAACGUUGUGUUUGUUUCGUGUACUAUAUAUAAUUAUUUUAAUUUUUGUGUGUCUCGAGUUAUUUGAGUCCUUCCAUGGAAUGGACUUUUAACUGUAAAUCAACGGGCAAGUAAUUAAAAAAAAGGCAUUAUCCCAAAGGAAA